AUGACCUCGAAGUUCCUAGUCGUUUUAAAACCGGAAAUUGUGGCACAUCGAGUUUUGACACAGGUUGCCCUCUCGGAACUUCGCAAAAAUGGAAUUGAAAUCGAGGAAAUGCGACAAAUGAGAAUUGAUGGCACAUUGGCAAAGAGUUUGUAUAAACAACACGAGGGAAAAUUCUUCUAUGAUCGGCUUGUUCGUCAUAUUUCAAGUGGAGAUGUAAUUGCAAUGAGAGUCAAUGGAAAUGCUAGAAAAUGUAUUGGGUCAAGUCGUCUUUGGCCGAGAAUGGAGCCUCCGGUUCAACCGAUUCGACAGAAAUUCGCACUUUCAGAUGUUCGGAAUGUCGCCCAUGCGAGUGAUGAAGAUGUAGCUCAGAAUGAAUUGGAACUCUUUCGACUUUUGUAA